GAGGGCGUUGAUAAAAAGGGGAGAGGCUGCCAAGAGAUGUGCUUGAGCAAGAAGAGACUGCCCUGCCAACAGCCAGCCUUGGCUAUCACUCUCUCAAGAGGAAUAUGACAAACCUGAAGAUCCCUGAGGAGGUAGCUACUGCUCUACAAGGGUAAAGAAGUGUGUGUUCCCAUGGAUGAUUCGAGCCUGUCCAGCAGUAUUGAUGUAGACAAAGGCUUUGCCAUCGCCUUUGUUGUUCUUCUGUUUCUGUUCCUAAUUGUGAUGAUUUUUCGGUGUGCCAAGUUGGUGAAGAACCCCUAUGAGGCCAGCUCCACAACAGCAGAACCGUCGCUGAGCUGAACUAUGAAAAAGCCUGACAGACUCCUCCUCAGGGGAGAUAUUAAAUCUUCUAUACAGGUGUUUAUGAUCUGGACUUCAUAUUGGUUCCCCUCUCUGUGUGUCAGCCUUCUCACUCUGGCAUUCCACAAUAGGCACAGGAGGGUGAGUUGAGAAUAAUAAAAAGGAUGAAACACAAGCCAGUUUAUAUUCCUAUUCAGGGAAAUGGUUACAAAGUGGGACAGAGACAGGUUGAACUCAUUGAUUAAAAUAAGGCCAUGGGUUUCAAUUCUCCAGUAUCAAAUGUCCUUAAGAUAGUUGGACAUAAUUUUUGAUGUAAUGCAAUACAAUAUAAUAAUGCUGGGGCACCUGGGUGGCUCUAUUGGUAGAGUGCCUGACUCCUGAUUUUGGCUCGGGUCAUGAUAUUGUGUUUGUGGGCUCGAGCCCCACAUCAGGUUCUGUGCUGAUAGCAUGGAGCCUGCUUGGGGGUUCUCUGUCUCCCUCUCUCUCUGCCUCUUCCCUGCUCAUACACUCUCUCUCUCAAAAUAAAUAAAUAAAAAUUAAAAAAAUAAUGCUUGGAAGGCCCACCUAAAACCAGAAUUCCUAGAGGUGGUCCUAGAAGAUCCCUCUGGUUGUGCAAAUAUAAGGCCAGCAGGAACCAAUUGUUCUUUGAUAAGAGUCUAACAGGACCUUUUUAGUGUGUGAGGUUUUAAAAAAAUCUGCUACCCUUCUCAAGUGGACAGAGCUGUGUGGUAGAGGGGGAGCAAUUUGUCUUCAGAGAAUCCCUUAAUCUUUCUCAAUCCCACAUUUCCUCAUUUAUAAAAUAAUAUCUAGUAGAUUGAAAGGGGCCCUCCAAAAGAUACGUCCAUGUCCUCCCCUGGAAACCUAUGAAUGUUUUUACAUAUUUGGCAAAAGGAUCUUUGUAGAUAUAAUUAAGAAUCUCAAGAUGAAUUCUUCCUGGAUUAGCUGGGUGAGCCCUAAGUCCAAUGACAAAUGUCCUUUGUAAAAGACAGACGAGAAGAUACAGAGAGACAGAGGAAAAGGCCCUGUGAAGACAGAGGCAGAGAUUGGAGUCAUGCAGCCACAAACUAAAUAACACUUGGCUGGAACCAACAGAAGCUGGAAGAGGCAAGGGAAGAUUCUCAUCAGAGCCUUUGGAGGGAGCACAGCCCUGCCAACACCUUGAUUUUGGAUUGCUAGCCUCUAGAACUGUGAGAGAAUAAAUUUCUGUUGUUUUAAGCCAACGAGUCUAUGGUAAUUGGUUAUGGCAAUCACAGGAAACUCAUAUGUAAUACACAACGAUGAUGGUGGUAGUUAUCAUGAUCAGUCCAAGAAUCUUUUAAAAGAAAACAGAAAAGGCACUCCUGGGUGGCUCAGUUAGUUAAGAGUCUGACUCUUGAUUUCAGCUCAGGUCAUGAUUUCACAGUUUGUGAGACGGAGCCCCAAAGAACCUGCUCAAGAUUCUCUCUUUCCCUCCACCACUUGUGCUCUCUCAGAAAGAAACAAAGGAAAAGAAGGAAGGAAGGAAGGAAGGAAGGAAGGAAGGAAGGAAGGAAGGAAGGAAAUUAUAAUCUGUACUCUCCAAAGUCUGAAGUUAGGGAAAUUUGGUAGACCAUCGCCAACUGGCAGGAAAGCGCAUAAGAGAAUUCACUAGAAGGAGAGGGGGCAUCUAGGCCAUGGAUCAAUGCUCAACACAGGUUUUGCUGAAGAGGAUUGAGUCUGAGUCUGUCCCAGUAAGUGAUAGAGAUAGUGAUAGUGAAAACUCUUAGGUCUAUACUGGCCAAAUGUUCUAGGUAACAGUAACUUAGCAUGUGGAUGUGAACUAAGACAGCCAUAACCUUGGAAGCUAAGUGUGGGGCAUCACUUGGGCUUGUGCGGGAACUUGGACCAGCAUGCAGUCCCUUCAGAGAAGACAUGUAUUCAUGGGACAAUGCUGAACCAGACUUUAGCAGCAAUACUAAAUGGUAUGGAGAAAUAAACAGUCAUGCACUGUUACCAGAGACUUGAUAGUUGUUUCUGUUUUCUGACUCCUUGAACCAGAACUGCCCUCUCCUUGGCCUGAGUAAGUUCCCAGGGUUAUUUGAAAAUUGAGGCAGGGAAACCAGAGCUUUGAAAUGGAGAUACUAGACUAUGCCUUCACCAGAACAGAGUGUGCUAUAUUGGAUAAACUAAGGGGAGAGAGCAAGAGAGGGAGAGAGAAAGGUGAUUUGUACACUGAUUUGAUAAAAAGAAAUUCAGGACAAGGUGCAGGUCAGGGUAAAAUGGAAGCAGAUUAAGACUGAUGUCAGUAUUAGGGGCUCCUGGGUGGCUCAGUCAGUUAAGCAUCCAACUUCAGCUCAGGUCAUGAUUUCUUGGUUCAUGAGUUCAAGCCCCAUAUCAGUCUCUGUGCUGACAGCUCAGAGCCCGGAGCCUGCUUCAGAUU